GUGAGAAGUGAGACUCCUACUGCGCAGUUCAAGAUUAGGAUUAGGUUAGACUAAAAAUGGUGUUGGUUAUCAACAAUAGUGUUCUUCAAGAAAAGAAAAUCGUUAAGUCUAAGUCCCCACGGAUCGUAGGCUCAGCUGUAGUGUUGUUAGCGGCCAAGUAUUGGUUUUGGUGGAGAUUUUUCUCAUCGUCUAAUGGAAGUUCAAAUAAGAAUUCAUAACUGACCACAUCUUAUGGAAAAGUUUAGUGGACAUUGAAUACCUACGUGAGUCACAAGGUGCGUGUUUGAAGAGGAGCGGAUUUAUAAAAGUCCUGCUUGCUUUAUACUUACCAUCAACUUGGACAUUCAGAAAGCGGUUGGAGAAGUAAGAAAAUUGUUUUACUAACAAGUCCUGAAAUGGCAGCGUUGCGACAAUUCUUAAAGUUGCCUGUGAGGAAUCCAAGCACUUUAAAGACAACGUUUACCAAUGUAAGAAACCUAUCAGUCAACACUACAUGCAAAAGUGCUUACGACUCUGACGGGAAAACUGUUGUAAGUGUUAUGAACAAUGAAGAGGAUGCCCCAUUGAUGAUAAACUCAUACAGCAUUUUAGGAUUCCGUCUCAACAACGGUUGCUUCGUUAUCGGGCCCGUAGCUAUCUUCCCACACUCGGUUUUGAGCUGGGACAUCAAAGAUGAUCGUGACAUCAAUGAGAAAAGUCUUUCGUUGUUUCUCCGUCUCUUUCCAAAAUUGGAUGUAUUAUUGAUUGGUAUUAGUGAUGCAAGAGACGCAAAACUGCUCUUGGAGACAAGAAAUAACGUCAGGAACAUAUUGGGAAACUUGAAGAAAGGUGAUAAGAUGAACAUUGAGGUGCUUCCGACAGAAAAGGCUGUGACGACUUUUAAUUUUUUGAAUGCAGAGAAGCGUUUUGUAGCUGCUGCUUUGGUUCCCCCAACUACCUACUCUCCCACGUUAGACGACGAGUUCAGAGUCGACUAUUUAAAUAAGAAGGCAGAAGAGGAAUAUCUCUUACCUACUAUAUAAGUGAUUACAAUGAAAGUGCUUUGUUAACUUAUGCUGUGUUUAGGCCGUGUAUAUUUUAGAAGAAAAAUUCUAUUUAUAAUAUUUAGGAUUUUCUUUGUAAAUAAUUAAAUAUUAGAUUGUUUUACGAUGUU